ACUCGUUUUUCAAAGAUUGAGGGUUUGAAAUCACACCCCUGACACCUUAAACAUUGGAUUGGUAGUGGUAUACUAGAACCACUCAUCAAAAGGUUGAGGUUCAAAAUCUCAUUCAAUAUAUUCGAAGAAACGAGUUAUGUUAGUUGGUUAAGACUUUGACUGUAUGAUAGUAAGGUCUUGAUUGAAAAAUCAUUAAACAGAUCAAGAACAAUUUCAAUGUGUGUUGACUUGGAAAUCUGCAUUUUGACAUGUAAAGAAAAACCGAUGUUACCAAGCCACACAUAUGAUAGUUUUUUCCCCGAGUAAAAUGGGAGAUGAUGGAUACAUUAUCUACACAACUUUCUCCAAGUCAGCUUAUUUUGCAAUUUUGGGUGAAAGAAUUCUUGUGUUAACUAAUUUUACUCUUUUAUUUAUGAAUUUUGUAGUGAACUUCCUUGUUAGAUGCAUGUGAUGUUUGUAGAAUUAGCACAAAAUUACUUCAAUUUUGUGUGUUUCUUUGUGUAUGAUACCCUAGCACAUAGAUGUAGGUGUAUGAUUGCUGGUGGCCUUAGGUAACAUUCAAAUAUAUGAAGAAUGUUAAUGCUUGAAAGGUUGAUUAGGAAACCACGUUAUAUAGAAUUCAUGAACCUAUUGGUAAGUGGAUGGAAUUAGUUGACAGUUCUUGUUAACAUUUGUCAGGGCUCGCUGUCAAUAAUUAACGAGCCAAUCAACAAGUUGAGGCUAGUUGAUUAGGUGAAGGUUAAAUUGCUUUGUGUCAUUUUGUGUUGACCUGAAGAUUAAAACUUCAGUUGCAUUUAAAUGAUUUUUUUCUCUCUUUAUGUUAGUGGAUUGUGUAUCUUCCCUGAUUCAGUAUCAAAUAUUUCUGUUACAUACAAGUCGUAAAUAUUUCUAUUACAUGAAACUGAUUGUUUUAUCUCUAGAUACCUUGCCUUAUGUUUUGGCCUAUGUAAAUUUGUAUCAAUGUAGCUGAAUUUGCUUUAGUUCCCUCAACUAAUCUACUUAUUCAUCGCAGGUUGUUAAGGUUGCAGAUUUUGGUGUAGCACGUGUUAAAGCUGAGUCUGGAGUUAUGACUGCUGAAACAGGCACAUAUCGCUGGAUGGCACCUGAGGUCAUAGAACACAAGCCCUAUGAUCACAAAGCUGAUGUUUUUAGCUUUGGAAUUGUAAUGUGGGAGUUGCUUACAGCUAAGCUCCCAUAUGAAUACUUAACCCCACUUCAAGCAGCCGUAGGCGUUGUUCAAAAGGGUUUGAGGCCUACCUUACCAAAGAAUACUCAUCCUAAGCUUGAUGAGCUGCUGCACAAGUGUUGGCAACAAGAUCCAGCUGCCAGGCCUGACUUCUCAGAAAUAUUGGAGAUACUACAGCUUAUUGCUAAAGAGGUCGAAGAUGAAUCCGAUGACUGCCGUAAGGAUAAGUCAUCCGGUGGAUUUCUUUCUGUUCUACGACGUGGCCACUGAAACUUCAUUUGAUCAAAAUGAAAAAUAGAAAGAGAAAAAGAGAGACACAGAAUAGCGUCAAAACAGUCAACAUCAUUAAACCAUGAGAUCUAAAUCUUGGAAAUCAUGUCAGGAACUUAAUGACUUGGCAAUCGAGAAAGAACGGAACCCGUAAAAG